CGUCGACAUCUCUCUGCGUCCCUCUCCAAUUUGUUGCGUGAUAGAUAGUGCUAGGUUUCUUAGGUACUCUUUUUGCAUGGUUAGGGCUUUCCCUGCUCGUCACCCUUUCACGCCUCAUGGAUGGCAAGGCCAUUCACAAGGCUACCAGCAGCCUACAAUGGGAAUUAGAGGCGCUAAGUUCCAGACCUCCAACCGUGGAACUGCAGCAUUUCCACUGGUGUGUGUGAGAACAAAAGAACCUCAUUCCUUUGGCAUUUUCUAUGGCCAUAACCCAUUGAUGUUCUCUUUCAAUGUCAUCCUUGUUGGUCUAAUCUUGAUCAAUUUGAUCACUCGGACCUUUCGCUUUCUUCUCAAGCCUCUCAGACAGCCUAGGUUGGUUUCUGAGUUAAUUGCCGGCAUUAUCAUUGGACCCUCUCUUCUGGGGCAGAGCAAGAGCUUUACCAAUAUCGUGUUUCCCCUUAAUGCCAAAUUCGUGCUGAGAAACGUAGGAGUGAUGGGAUUUAUGUUAUUUGUUUUCGUAAGUGGAGUAAAAAUGGAUCUAGGCAUGUUAAAACGAUCGGGAAAAAAACACUUGUUUAUUGCCUUGAUAAGCGUUUUUGGACCUCUCAUAAUAGUGAUUAUUGUUGCAUGGUGUAAUCGAAAAUCAAUGGACAAAGAACUUGGAAGACUUUCUUCAAUUGGAACAAUUGCCUCAUCUCUGUCGAUAACAGGAUUUCCCAUUCACUAUGCUGUACUUCAAGAAUUAAACCUUCUUAGCUCCGAGGUUGGAAGUAUGGCCUUGUCCAUAGCAUUAAUUAGCGAUAGCAUUGGGAUGAACUUUUUAGUGGCAUUUCAGGCAAUGAAACAAGGGGAAGUAUCCAAUGAAGAUGCUCUUUGGUAUAUAAUUUCCUUGGUGGUUCUUUUAGCUUUCUUGGUUACUGCCUUCCGACGAGCAAUGUUGUGGAUUAUCGAAAAAACCCCUGUGGGAGAACCGGUGGAUCAGUUAUAUGUGGUUGCCAUUUUGUUGGGAGUGUUUGUGACUGGCUUUUUGACAGACAUGUUCGGUAUAGCCAUUGCUAACGGCCCAUUCUGGCUAGGAUUGGUGAUUCCAAACGGGCCGCCGCUAGGGGCAACCUUGGUGGAGAGAAGCGAGACAAUCAUGAUGGAAAUAAUUAUGCCAUGUUCAUUUGCGUUUGUCGGCCUCAACACGGAUUUUUCUGAAAUGACUGAAGCUGGCUGGUCUUCCUUGGGACCGCUAUUUGCCUUGUUUAUUUCAGGUUACUUGUCAAAAUUCCUCUCAACUCUUAUCGGUGCCAAGAUGGUAGAUGUGCCAUGGAGAGACAGUCUUGCUCUCAGCCUUGUUUUGAGCUUGAGGGGUCAAGUGGAGCUUAUUCUAUACGUCCAUUGGGUGGACAAAAAUAUAAUACGGAUACCAAGUUUUUCAAUGCUGAUAUUUCUAACAACGGUUUUAACCGGAAUUCUUACACCUUUGAUUAGCAUUUUGUAUGAUCCCACAAAGCCUUACAUGGUAAACAAGAGGAGGACCAUUCAACAUACCGCUCCGGGUGAAGAACUUAAGAUACUACUCUGCAUCCAGGACAAAAUAAACGUGCCCAGCCUUGUUAACCUUCUUGAAGUCUCUUAUCCUACUGUUGACAACCCUUUCUCCGUUUACGCUUUCCACCUUGUCGAGCUCAUCGGUCGUGCUAACCCUUUGUUCAUAGACCACCAAAAUCAGGAAGUGGAAGACCUUUUCAGCAGGUUCCCGGACUCUGAAACAAUCCACAAUGCUCUAAAGCUCUAUCAUCAAAGGAGAGAUGAAUGCGUAGAGCUCCAUUUUUUCACAGCUUUAACAGCAAAAAGAACAAUGUAUCAGGAUGUGUGCAAGCUUGCUUUGAUAAGCAAGGCUACUAUCAUCAUUUUGCCUUUGGAGAAGGAAUGCGAUGGCGAGAUCGUAACAAAGCAUUGGGGUAGUGGGCAUCGGUCUUUGACCACCGAAGUCUUAGCCCAUGCACCUUGCUCCGUUGGAAUUCUUAUUGACAAGGCCGAUCGAUGGCACCUCCCCUUAUCUCGCUCCUUCGGAGGCGCUACGCACAGCUUUAUUGUACUAUUCCUAGGAGGACCAGAUUCUAGAGAGGCUCUUGCUUAUGCAGAUCGGAUGGUUGGCAACCCGAGUGUGUCCCUAACUGUAAUAAGGUUCCUUUCUUCAAACUCUGAAGGAGAUGAUGAAAUGCAAAAGAAACUUGAUGAUGGGCUAGUGACUUGGUUCUGGGUCAAGAACGAAACGAACGAAAGAGUGAUUUACAAGGAGGUAGUGGUAAGAAAUGGAGAAGACACAGCUUCAGCAAUUCUGGCCAUGGCUGAAGAGCAUUAUUAUCAUCUCUGGAUAGUGGGAAGGAAACAAGGGAUAAAUCCUAGUCUUUUGGAGGGAUUGUCAACCUGGACAGAAAAUAAAGAAGAGCUUGGGAUUAUUGGGGAUUAUAUUUCAUCUUCUGAUUGUGUUAACGCGGAUUCUGUGUUGGUGGUUCAGAAGCAAGUUUUGAGAGGGCAAGAGAACAACAAUACAUCUCGUUCACCAAGUUUUAUGCGGUGCUUGUUUUGCUCAUGA